AUGGCCACUUCAACUCAUCCAAUAAUAAUUUCAUGCACCAACAACAUUUCCUUGUCCACCAAGUCUUCUUCUCCCCGUAACGUUUCCAGACCUUCCCAAAUCUUUCUCAACCCCAGCAGGGCAAUCAAGAUCCGGUCGGAGGGGCGUGAAAACCCGGACACGGACAGCCUCUCUUCGGCGAAACUUGACCGGAGAAACGUCCUUCUGGGCCUCGGCGGUCUCUACGCCGCCACCUCCAACCCCUUGGCCCUUGCCGACUAUAUCAAGGCCCCUGACAUUAACUCGUGUGGCACUGCUAUCAUUUCCAACACCCAAAAUAAAGAACCAGUGCCAUACUCUUGUUGCCCUCCCACCUUGGGUCCUUGUGUUCCCUAUAAGAUCCCCACAUUUUCAAAGCUUAACGUCAGGCCGGCUGCUCACGCCGUGGACGACGACUACUUGAACAAGUACAAGACCGCCAUUCAGAGAAUGAAGGAUCUUCCCGCCGAUGAUCCCCGAAACUUCUACCAGCAAGCUAACGUCCACUGCGCUUACUGCAAUGAAGCUUAUAAACUCAACGAUAAGCCCUAUCAGAUCCACUACACAUGGCUCUUCUUCCCUUUCCACAGAUGGUAUUUGUACUUCUAUGAAAGGAUCUUGCAAAGUCUGAUAGACGACCCAACAUUCACGUUGCCAUACUGGAACUGGGACAAUCCACAGGGCAUGAUUCUCCCGGAGAUCUUCGACGACGACGAGUCGUCGCCGCUGUACGACAAGUCCCGCAACCAGGACCACCGCAAGGGAUACGUGAUGGAUCUAGCAUACGCCGGCGAGGAAACAAAAGCCAGCGAGUUCCAAACGGUGAAAAACAAUCUCGCGGUUAUGUACCGCCAAAUGUUAACGAACGCGCCGUGUCCGUUGCUGUUCUUUGGCAAACCUCUUCGUAAUGAUAACGACUUUGAGCACUCCGGCAUGGGGACCAUCGAGAACGUCCCGCACAACUCUAUCCACCGAUGGGUGGGUGACCCCACAGAGGCUCAUCAUGAGGACAUGGGUAACUUCUAUUCCGCUGCUAAAGAUCCGGUGUUUUAUUGCCACCAUUCCAAUGUAGACCGCAUGUGGACCCUUUGGAAGACCCUCGGUGGCAACCGUAAGGAUAUCGCCGACCCCGAUUGGCUCCAAACUGAGUUCCUCUUCUAUGACGAAACCAAGACUCUCGUCAAGGUUAAGGUUGCAGAUUGUGUGGAUAACGAGAAGCUUGGCUACACUUUCCAGAAAAUGCCGACUCCAUGGGAGAACUUCAAACCCACCCGGAAAAGAAAGACAAAAUUGAGGAGCACUACCGCGUCAGUACCCCCAUCCACUACCGCUUUCCCGGUAAACUUGUGCAACAUUACAACGCUGUACGUGACGAGAGCGUCGACAUCGAAAACCGCGUCCCAGGAGGAGCUGCUAGAUCUGGACCUAGAGUACGACGACACGCAGUUUAUACGGUUCGAUGUGUUCGUGAACGAGGACUACGACGUGAAUACGGUGGAGCUGGACAGGGUGGAGUACGCCGGCAGUUUCUCCAACUUGGCACAUGUCCAUAAACCCCACAUCACUACUUCUUCAACCACAAAGACCACUUUUAGCCUGGCGAUAUCGGAGCUGCUUCAGGACUCCGGGCUGCAAGAUGACGACAAGAUUCUGGUGUGUCUCGUGCCAAGAGCUGGGGGUUGUUACCUCAACGUCAACAAGGCCUCUACCCAAAUUGUCGAUUGCUAAGAUCGAUCUAUCCUAUCCAUCAAUAUAAUAUAUUGAAUGCCUGCAUGUAUUAGAUGUAUAUAUGUAUCAGUGGCGCUACUUGAAAUAAGCUAAGGUGUUUAAUUGUUUGAUGUGAUAAUAAGUGCUCACUCCACAAAUUCUAUCAGUUCAGAGUGUGGACGGAGUCUCGGGGUCAGAAAUUUCGUCUUUGUGAGUAAGUAAUGUGUUAAUGCAUGUGUGUUAGUGGUUGGCAAUUGAGGUUUGCAAUCAAUAAUUGUAAUAUCUCCUUUACGUUGUAAUAAAAAAGUGUUUUUCUUGUUG